ACGUCUGAGAGCUGGAGAGGAAGGGAGAGGAGGGAGAGGACGCGUUUUGCAGAAGGGCAGGAUUGCUCUCCGACCCGACUUGUGAAUGGCAAGCAGGCAACCCAACAGUCACUGGCAGAGCCUACAGCAACCCACGAGCGAAUGGCUACACUCUUUCAGCAGAAAGAGGAGGCCUUCCGCUCCCAAGAGCAAGCCAUUGCCACAAAAAUCGCUCGCUGUCUCUCGGACGACGUCCUCAGCUAUGACCUGAACACUGCUACUCGCAUUCGCGAGGCCGUGGAUGGAUGGCUCCCCCUAACCCACCUCCUCCACCCAACCCUCGGCACAACCGACGAAAUCGUAGCCGCCCACGCCAUCCGCGACCACUCCCCGCACCUCGAAAUCAGCAUCGACGGUAAAUCCAUCCGCCGUCGCCACACCAUCCCCGAUUACUCUCUCCUCGACGCCCGCACACUUUACGUGGACCACCUCCCCGCCAAAACCACCUCCGACGCCCUGGGCAAAUGUUUCGCACCGUUCGGGGCGGUCGAGCGGUGCGUGUUUCCGGAGAUAAGAGGGGAUCAGGCGAGCGUCUGGGCGUUUGUCGUCUUUGAGACGCAGGAGGAGAUGGAGAACGCCGCGCGGCAUUUUGGGACCCUGUGGCGGCCACUAACGACGGAAACCGAUCUGAAAACAUUCAUCGAAACUCCACCACACCCCUCCACACCCCUCGGCGAGAUCCGCACCAUCCCCAAACCCCGCUGGAACGAGCUAACAGAUACCUACGCAUCACUGCACACAUCUCGCAAAUCUCACCUCCACCAACUCUCUCAAAAUCACCACCCCGUCCAAAAAGCCGUCUUCCAAACCCGCGUCCUCGCCAAAUUCACAGGCGCACACCCACAGGCCACCACCCGCGUGCUCCGGAAACUGUUUGAGAUGAUUGCGCCCGUUUCGUUUGUCGAGACGCGCAAGGGUGGCGGCGGCGGGGAAGGGAUUGUGAGGUUCAAGACCAUGCAUGGGGCGAGGUUGGCGGUUGUGUGGUUUGGGAGGGAGUAUGUGUGCCAGAUGCAUAAGGGGGAUACGGGGACGUUGUUGCAGGGGGGAAAGGUGAAGGAGAGGAAGGGGAAGGAUGCGAUUGCUAUGGCCACGGAUGGGGAUGGGGCGGACGUGCAGAGUGAGUGGGCUGAGUGGGGGGACGAAGUAGCUGAAGAGGGCGGUGAUGAUGAAGCACAAGCCGACGCGGUCGUGGGGAAACCUAAAUACCCAAACAUCUCGUUGGAACUGAUGACAGGCGACGAGGAGGCCGAGUACUGGGACCACAUCUUCUCCAAGCAAGAAGAAAAGGAAUGGCAUCAGAAACAGCAACGGCGACACCCGCAACCGCAACACAACUCCAGAUCCACCGCCCCACAACAUCACAAGCCCCCACUCACAGCAACGUCAAUACCGACCAAACGCCCCGCCGAAGUCCCACCACCAACCGACGACCCACCGCCCCGAAAACACAUCAAAUUCUCAGAUAGCAGCGAGGAAGACUGAUUCUUACGAAAACCCUCGAAUACGAUUGGAUUUCCCAUAUACGCCGUAUUGCGCUUAAACACAAAAAACUGGGGGGAACUGGGGGCCCUAGUGAGCUAGCUAGGGAAGAUAGUCAUUCGGUCAGGCAGUCUCUACUCUAGUGAUGGGCUGCAUCGAGGGCAGGGAGACUCGGGAAGGGGAAGGGGGAAAACACACCCAAAAACGUAAUUUUAAGGCAGGGGAGGGUGAUUGUAUGUACAGCGGGGAGAGAUGCGUUUGUAUAGAGUGGAUGAAUACGUCCAGGCGGUUGUUUAGAAAUUUUCUGUGGAAGACAGGGAGAGGUUGAUCAGCUUACAUGUUCAUCAAACAAUAUACCCCCGAAACGGAACGUGAAAGUCUCACCUUUCCCAUAGAAGAACCUCGUC